CACUCUCCCCUCUCUCUCUCUCUCUCUCCCCUCUCUCUCUCUCUGCCCUCCUCAGCUCCGUCUUUUUAAAGGCUUCACAGGGAAUGAAUUUUUUCUGUCCGACACCCAACCAGGCAAUCAGCAAACGGACCGGACAGCAGACACAGAGAGGAGACCGUCUUGGAUGGUAACCUCCUCCACCUUGGAAUCACCUCACCUGACCUCGGCCUAUUCAACCCUAGAGGAACCUUUAAAUACGAGUUGUAGAACCGCACCGCCGUCUGAAAUGUGUUCUGGCACGGGUCCCUUGGCUCGGUCCAUGUUCCUUCUGCUGGGCACGCUAUUUGGUCUGGGUUUGGCCCGGGGCCAGAACAACUUCUCAUCCGACCCGUCUCUAUCCGACCUGCUGAUGUCAGACCUCCAUCCAGCCUUCCGGAGUACCGAUUCCCCCCUGAGCCUGAGGCUGGAGCAGGGGCCAGAUGCCCGCCUCGAAAACAGAGAAAGAGAGUCCGGUGUCGGGCAGGAGACCAGCAGCGGCGUCCUUUCCUCCGCAGAAGACGGAGCCAAAAAACCCGAACUCAAACUCACUGGCAAGUCGAGACAUAAGCAUGGAAAGAAGAACCAUUCCCGCUUAGUUCCCUCCACCUCCCUGGCCUCAAACGUUUCCCAGGCUGGCUGUGGCAUGCAUCUGCAGGCGCCUCCUGGCUGCCUGCAGGAAACAUCCAUCAAAAUGGCCUUCAAGUACAUCAACACCGUGCUGUCGUGCGUGAUCUUUGCCGUGGGGAUCGUGGGAAACGCCACCUUGCUGAGGAUCAUCUACCAGAACAAGAACAUGAGGAACGGACCCAACGCACUGAUCGCCAGCCUGGCGCUGGGAGACCUCAUAUAUAUCGCCAUCGACAUCCCCAUCAACGUCUACAAGCUCCUGGCUAUGCAGUGGCCAUUUGGUGACAGCCCACUAGGUCUGUUUCUCUGUAAGCUAGUGCCGUUCCUGCAGAAGGCCUCAGUAGGAAUCACUGUCCUCAGCUUGUGUGCGCUCAGUGUGGACAGGUACCGCGCGGUGGCGUCCUGGUCGCGGGUGCAGGGGACCAGGGUUCCCAUGGUAACGGCGGUGGAGAUCGUGCUGAUCUGGCUGCUGUCUGUGGUGCUGGCGGUGCCCGAGGCCGUGGGCUUCAACCUGGUCACCUUCGACUACAGGAACGUCACCAUGACAACCUGCAUGCUGCAGCCCUGCAGCCCCUUCAUGAUUUUCUACCGUGAUGCUAAGGACUGGUGGCUGUUUGGGUUUUACUUCUGUGUGCCGCUCACGUGUUCCGCCGUCUUCUACGGGCUGAUGACGUGUGAGAUGCUCCGCCAUCGCAGAGGAAGUCUGAGGAUCGCCCUGAGUGAACACCUCAAACAGCGGCGUGAGGUAGCGAAGGCUGUGUUCUGUCUGGUCCUCAUAUUUGCUCUGUGCUGGUUUCCUCUUCAUCUGAGCCGUCUGCUCAAAAGCACUAUCUACAAAUCCCAUGAUGCACGGCGCUGUGGUUUCUUAAAUUUCCUGUUGGUGCUGGACUACCUGGGCAUGAACCUGGCCACCAUCAACUCCUGCAUCAAUCCCAUAAUCCUCUACUUCGUCUCGAAGAAGUUCAAAAACUGCUUCAAGUCCUGUUUGUGUUGUUGGUGUUAUUCGGACUCUCUCUCUAACAGUAUUCUGCCUCUCCACCCGGGGACCAGCCUGCACCUCAAGCACACUGACCACUGACGAGCCGACCGCCAUCUUGCAGUCUGCUCUUCUCCACCCUUAUAACGCCGCCGCCGCCGCCGCCGUGGCGACGCUGGGCAGGGGUUGGUUUGUGUGUCUCUACGUCCAUUCAUGUACCUAACACACACACUGAAGUACUCCUGCUGUGUGUGUGUGAGUGUGUGUGUGUGUGUGUGUGUGUGUGUGUGUGUGUGUGUGUGUGUGUGUGUGUGUGUGUGUGUGUGUGUGUGUGUGUGUGAGUGUGAGUGUGUGUGUGUGUGUGUGUGUGUGUGUGUGUGUGUGUGUGUGUGAGUGUGUGUGAGUGUGUGUGUGUAUGUGUGUGUGUGUG